ACCUGAACCAACCCAUCUUUUUGUUCCCUUAUUCUCAUGUCAAAAGCAUCUUUUCUCAGAGAGUACAAGCUUGUGAUUGUGGGUGGUGGAGGUGUUGGUAAAUCCGCCUUGACCAUUCAGUUCAUUCAAGCACAAUUCGUGGAUGAAUACGACCCUACGAUUGAAGAUUCCUAUCGUAAACAAUGCAUGAUUGACGAGGAAAUAGCGCUAUUGGACGUAUUAGAUACAGCUGGUCAGGAAGAGUACAGUGCAAUGAGAGAGCAGUAUAUGCGUAACGGCGAAGGAUUUGUAUUAGUGUAUUCUAUCACUUCGGGUCUCUCGUUUGAAGAAGUCAAUACAUUUUAUCAGCAGAUCAGACGAGUCAAGGAUCGCGACCACUUUCCAAUGGUUUUAGUGGGAAACAAGUGCGACCUUGAGGGAGAGCGACAAGUAACCCUUCAGGAGGGAAGAGACCGGGCCAGACAGUUCAAUUGUCCAUUUAGAGAGACAUCAGCCAAGCAGAAAAUCAACGUAGAAGAUUCAUUUUAUGAAGUCGUACGAGAAAUUCGUCGUAUGAACAAGGAACAAGAGGCUCAGUCAAAGUCUACUGGAUUUCAUCGAGAGAACUUUGAUAUGGACCAGGACAGAAAUAAUAACGGAUGCUGCUGUGUGUUAAUGUAGUCUAGAACCUAAGUUCACCUUACCAACCUAUCUAUUUAAUUAUCUAUCACUAUAUCUAUUUUGUAAUCUAUAUCCCACCACCCAAACCGAUAAAAAAACAUAAAGUCGUUUGGCCCGACCGAUGCUGGUCUUUAUUCAAUUACUCCAUUGUCCUCUGCCAUCCUCCACUUUUUGGCACUCCACCAAACAGCUCUUCCUCUUCGUCCACAAAUGUUGAUGCUACCCACACAUGUGGAGGCAACUGAUCUGCUGCCACUGUGUCUUCCAAAGGGUCAUUAUCUUCCAAUACACUAGCUGACCGUCGCAGCUUUUCGAACAUCUCAUCUCGGGUGUGGAGCGACCUGCUGGCAGUGCGGUUACGAGUAUCCAAUGAUCGUCCAACUCCAAUAUUCUCAAGUUGACGAGAUCCACUCCUUGAGGGUAUUACCAAUGACUUCCGACGGCUUGUCACAGGAGCCAUAAGAAGUGAGCUUUCUCGGUCUGUGUAGGACAUGUCAAAACCAACAUGUAAAGCAUCCUUUUCAUCUGUGUCAACAUAUGAUCCAAAUGAUGGUACUUCAUGCUGUAUUGAUGGAAUUGCCAUUGGAACAGAUGUACUAAAUGCAGUAUAGUCUUCUUUGGUAGCUUCGUUAAUACGAGAAUAUGACUGGUUUUCAACUUCGGGGUAUUCAUCAACAUACUUGUCAACCGGUCGUCGCUUCUUCCAUCCCUGGUUUUGGUCAUCUCUUUGGUUUUUGGAUAUAUUAUUCACAGAUUGAUCUUUCUUUUUUUCGUCUACAGACUCUGGCUCUGGCUCUGAUUCGAUUUCUUCAUCAAGCUCGAACAUAUCCUC